AUGAAUGAAAUGAACUCCGAAAUAAAAGAACGUUUAUCACUAGCAAAUAUAAAAUGGGGAUGUAGCUCUUUAAAUUUUGGGUUGGAUAACAGGGAGGGUGUGACGUCACACUGGUCGGAUCCCACUACUCUUGGCUCCAGGGCCACCUUCCGAACCAGCACAACGCCUGCUGUGCUGCUACUAACAAAACUUAGGUUGGAUAACAGGGAGGGUGUGACGUCACACUGGUCGGAUCCCACUACUCUUGGCUCCAGGGCCACCUUCCGAACCAGCACAACGCCUGCUGUGCUGCUACUAACAAAACUUAGGUAA